CACUCCCACUUUUUGCAGCCGCCUUUUUCCCACUGUCAACUUUCCUCUCCAGUCUCCACCCCUAUAGAAGUAUAGACAAUUACUCUUCCAGCCCUCCCAGCCCACCGGAGGAAUCGACCGGAGAUAUUUUUCAGUUGGCCACCGGAGGAAAUUUCCUUCCUUUUGCGCUCCCCCUUAUCGGGUUAGGUUCAUCAAGUUGGCCAAUGCAAUAUAUCAGGUGAUUCUACAGAGGUCUCUGCUCGGCUUCACCUUUUCAGAAUAGAUUUACUGAUUAAAAGAUUGAUACAAUAAAAGAAAGUGGACAGCAGGUCCAGAGUAGAGAACCGGAGAUAAAAGAGAUCUGUAUGGCAUCUAUUCAGCAGUAUUCAGAGCCUAGUAUUGAAGACGCCUUUGCGAUACGUCCAUUAUCAAAACGUAAUCUACCACACCGUAUUCCCUCCUUCCGACGAGACGCUGAUACUGUGUCUGCAAGUUUAUCCACUAAGCAAACAGUUUCUGGAACAAUUCACAGCUCUUGCCCUGCUGUCUCAAGUGCCACUGCUUCAGUUCAUGACUCUCCCUCAAGUUUGAUCCCUACAGCUUCUAUCAAGUGUACUAGUAUUGAGGAAGGCUUUGGGACGGCACCGAUACCAGGAGAUAAUGAAGCACUGAUUCUGGACAGCUUUAUCCAAGGAGUUGUUGAUGAUGCACCUGGAAGUGUUUCGGUAGACCAAACAGUUGCUGUGAAAUGCCAUAAAAAUGUAUCUUCGAUUGUAGGAAGGGAAAGGGAAAGGCAAGAGUCAAAUUUUGACCAUGGGAGUAUGAUCUGGUUCUGCAUCUGCUUCAAGAGGCGACUUCAAGCAUGAUUAGUGGUUGCUAUCAUUGUGUACUAGCUGCAAAGCCAAAUAGGAGGCACGUCAGAAGCCAAACCCAACACUUUUCCAGAAGAAAAGAAUUGCUCCUCAAGUCUUGGCUGCUUCCCAAGCUUCUGCGUCAUCUAUUGUUUUUUGUAACAUAAUAUUUCGACCACAAAUACUAAUAGAAAGACAAGGUUGUGUGAAAUCGUCUUCAAUUGAACAAACUGCCAGCUCCAUUCAACCAAACUACAGAAGCAGUUAGAAAGAUAAAUGAAUUGCACUGCAGGAACUAGUAGACCAACAUUGGGAUUCGAGAAAACGUGAAUGACAUUGAAGUCCAGACAAGCAUUACUCUCUUCUAAUAAAAUGCAUCACUAUCGUGAAGGAGUCGGCUCUCUUGGCCGUUUCAUCUACCAUGACAGAGUGGUUUUAAAGAGGAUGGUUUCUUGAUGUAUGAGGGCAAGAACUUCACAGAGCACCAGUAGGACCGGAACAUUGUUGAUUUCAGCAUGCUCAAUCUCACUAGUCUCGAUCUGAUUCCUAACCUGAAAUGAAAUCUCAUCACUGGGAUCGUCUAGCUCAAUCUUAGACACACCACCAUGUGAAAUACCCAAAUGAAUCAAAGCCUCGCGUACCACAUAACUUCAUACUAGCUAGCAAGUGAUCAUUAUUGUGCAAGAAGCUCUUCAAACGAUGCGACUCAGAGAGGUUAAAGAUUGUCCAAUAUCUUGUUUGACCUAUAAUAAUUUUAAUCCAGCAAGUUCACUUCAUCUGACUGAGUCACUGCCACCUCAUCUUUUAAGUAUGAUAUGAUUGAUAUCCUAAAAACGAGAACUCAAUAGCCUCGAUUACCAUCCAUAACAUUCCAACAAUGAGUUUCUAGAUGCAUCUAAGAGAACGAUUUUAUUUUGUUUCUCAGAUGGGUUCUCAUAGAAUGCUGCAUCAGUAUUUUGACCAA